AUGAAGAUACAUAUUUUAUUAAUGUACGAUAAGAGUCAUAUUCGUACUAACAAAUCAUUGCAAAGUGUGUUCAAAUUGGUACCAAAUCUAAUGAAGGAUGACAUAUUUGCGAAGAAUGCACUUUGGUGGUACAGGGCAUAUUUGACAGACGAUGGACGACUAUUUUUAAAACUUCCAAAUGUGUACAACAGAUGGAAAGAAAUACAAACGAAUCACUUUUGUGUUGAAAUGAAAGGAAAUAAAACUAGGCCAGUUUUCAUGGUAGAAUACGAGAUCGAUCAACUCAGAAAUCCCAGCACCUACAAAAAGUGGGCUCUGGUCGUAUCCGUCAUAUGCCUGAGCAUGGCAUUGGUAGUAUACUCCGUGGUACGGGAAUUAAGAGACUUGAAUGGUGUCAUUCUGAUGAUACAGCUAUGCUGUCUUAUCGUUACCUUUAUCACAAAUUGUAUCCUAGAAAGCUUUAAUACGAUGACUUUACGGAUGUCAGAGAUUCUGUAUGUGUCAUUCUUCCAUUACUUCUUCAAGGUAUCCAGUUUUUCUUGGACAAACAUACUGUUCUACCGUCUACUUAUGACAAGCUAUCGAUCUAAAGAAUUGCCAGUAUCCUGGACGAAACAGUUGACUAAAUAUUCCGCAUAUGCAUUCGGCUUACCAUUCUUCAUGACCAUCUUGACCGCUACCAUUGAGUUAAGCGACAUGACUGACACUCCAUCAUUCGUUACUCCCCAAGUGCAAAACAGGGGUAACUUUAGCUUCCAAGAAAUGGAAUCGUUAUACUACUUGUACUUUCCACUGUUAGUACUACUUUCAUUCAAUUGGAUAGUAUGCUUCGCGAAAGUAAUAGAAUUUUGCAAAAAAUCUAAGCAAUUUAGACCAGUCGUUGGAACUCAUCCAGUCGAUGAUGAACUUAACAGACCGAUGCAAUUUGUGAAACUUAACACUUUGCUGACCGCCUACGCCUUAGUAGAAAUGCUGACAGUUAUUUUUCUAAAAGGGCAACCAUUAGGCUCGGACUCCACCAAAGCGGAGAUGUGCGCAGAUGUCCGAAGCGGAGACGAGGAGAGAUAUUUUUCAGCUAGGGUGUAUUCACCGAAGCUGUGCGGAGCUGCGUACUGGCUAGACUGGAGCGGAGAUGUAUGCUGGCUAGGGCGGAGAUGUGCGCUGGUUAGAGCGGAACUGAGCUGCGUGCUGCUGCGUGAUGGUUUCUUUUAA